AUGGCCGACAUCCGCGUGAAAAACCUCAAAGCGCCCGUCGACGUCGCCGAGUAUCUAUUUCGCCGUCUGCAUCAAGUCGGUGUCCGCUCCGUCCACGGCGUUCCGGGCGACUAUAACCUGGUGGCCCUCGACUACCUCCCAAAGGCAGGCUUGAAAUGGGUCGGAAGUGUGAACGAGCUGAAUGCAGCCUACGCUGCUGAUGGCUAUGCCCGCAUCAACACCGUCGGCGCCGUCGUCACCACAUUUGGCGUCGGCGAGCUCUCCGCUAUCAACGGCCUUGCCGGAGCGUAUUCCGAGCAUAUCCCCGUCGUGCACAUUGUCGGCUGUCCGUCCACCCGCUCUCAGAAGCAGGGCAUGCUGCUCCAUCACACCCUCGGCAACGGCGACUACAACGUCUUUGCCAGCAUGAGCGCCAGCGUCUCCUGCAACGUCUCCAAGCUCAACGAUCCACAGGAAAUUGCCGUCUUGGUCGACCACGCGCUACGCGAGUGCUUCGUGCAGUCCCGGCCCGUGUACAUCAUGCUGCCCAGCGACAUGGUCACUGCCAAGAUCGAGGGCCAGCGCCUCGAGACGCCCAUUGACCUAUCUGAGCCGAGAAACGAUCCGGAGCAGGAGGCGUACAUUGUGAAUGUCAUUUUGAAGAAUCUCAGGUCGGCCAAGGCUCCUAUCAUCCUGAUUGAUGCGUGCGCAGUCCGUCAUCGUGUGCUAGCCGAAGUUCACAAACUACUUGCCAAAACCAAGUUGCCAGUAUUCGUCACGCCGAUGGGUAAGAGUGCCAUUAACGAAGACCAUCCCAAUUACGGUGGCGUGUAUGCGGGAGAGGGAUCCCAGCCAUACAGUGUCAAACAGGCUGUUGAGUCUUCCGACUUGAUUCUGUCCAUCGGCACACUGCAGAGUGAUUUCAACACUGCAGGCUUCUCAUUUCGCACCUCCAAGCUCAAUGUCAUCGACUUGCACAGCGAUCACUGCAUCAUUCACUACUCGACAUAUCCUGGUGCUCGAAUGAAGGGAGUGCUUCGCAGGCUCGUCGACAACCUGGACGUCAGCCAACUCGCCGUGACUCAGGUGCCUGCCGUUAAAAACGAAGUCACUAAAAACGAUGAUGGAACACCCACAAUUUCUCAAGCUUGGUUCUGGCCGCGUAUGGGUGAAUUCUUUUGCAAAGGUGAUAUUGUUGUGACUGAGACGGGCACUGCCAACUUUGGCAUUUGGAGCUCCAAGUUUCCAGCCGGGGUCACAGCUCUCAGUCAGGUUCUCUGGGGCAGUAUCGGCUGGUCUGUUGGUGCUGCUCAGGGUGCCUGCCUGGCCGCGAAAGAUAUGCGAGCCAAGCGCCGUACGAUUCUUUUUGUCGGAGAUGGAUCAUUCCAACUCACGGCUCAAGAGCUCAGUACCAUGAUCCGACAUGGGCUCAAGCCCAUCAUUUUUCUUUUGAACAACGAUGGUUACACCAUUGAGAGAUAUAUCCACGGCAUGGACGCAGAAUACAAUGACAUCAACGGAUGGGACUAUACCGCUCUGGUCGAUGUCAUGGGCGGCUCAAAAAGCUGCGCGAAACACGUCGUCAAAUCAAAGUCGGAACUUGACAAGCUCUUGACUGAUUCGAAAUUCAACGCAGCUGAUUGCCUUAAUUUCGUGGAAGUGAUGAUGCCCAAGGAGGACGCGCCAUCUGCCCUGGUUACAACGGCAGAAGCAAGCGCAAAGACCAAUGCGGAACAGAGCUAA